AUGGGUCCGAGGAAGAGAGCGCACAAGAAGCGGGCAACUGGAAGUGCUGGGCGUCGCUACAGCGCUCUGCAACGACCACACGGCGGUGCUCUUUCCUGCACCAACAUGGCUGCUCCUGCACCUGAAUCUACCCAUUCCGACCGCUCUCUCACCUUCAACUUUGCUGCUGCUGCUGCUGCUGCUGAUGCUGCUGACAUUCCCCCAUCCGCCCCUGCACCCCCAUCCACAGCAGCAGUAACAGCACUGCCAGCACCGCCAUCAGCGCCAUCACCAGCGUCAUCACCAGUGCCAUCACCAGUGCCAUCACCAGUGCCAUCACCAGUGCCAUCACCAGUUUUGAGUCGACUCAAAACUAGGCUCAUCACCAGCGCCAUAACCAGUGCCAUCACCAGCGCCAUCACCAGCGCCAUCACCAGCGCCAUCACCAGCGCCAUCACCAGCGCCAUCACCAGCACCAUCACCACCCGACAGCACCCAGGAGGCGGGCAGCUGGCAGCGCAGGGCGUCGCUGCAGCGCAUUGCAACAACCACCCAGUGCACCUUGCUGCACCUGCAUAG